UCCUCACCACAUGGUGGCGCUAGAGCAGCAAUCCGCUGUUUGCUGACCGCCAAUAAACACCAAGAAGUCUGAUUUCCGCUACCAGCAGCUAGCUGCUGUUUCCAUUGUUUGCUGCUGGACGCUUUCACAGCUUCCCACCAUCCGAACCGCUCGGUCCACAACCAACCACACCCAACCAGGAUCCAGUCCAGCAGGCGUCCCGGUUCCGACUGACCGCUGGAUCCGCUCCAGAACCCGGAGGAGAAGCGGGACUCCCCCACGGCUCGGAGCUGGAAGCUGCACCGGAGAGGAGCCCCAGGAAACACCAACAGCCUGAAUGCUGACGCCCCGGGAGCUGUGGCACUGCGUGUAUCCUGAGCUGGAGAAUUUCCUGAAAAGAAGUUCACCACAGUAACACGCCGUGGAAAUAAAAACUUCUUAAUUCUUGUGAAAAAUAAAGAAGAUAAAACAGUAAAGAGAAGUUUUCAUUACAUCCCGGAAAUCUGAUUAAGUGAAGGUGAGCAAACUUUGGUAUUAAGCAUCGAGAGUCAGUCAUCAAACACAGAUCUGCUCUGAUCCCUUAAUUAGUGGGUUCGGCUGAGAACAUCUCUACCCAGAGCUUCAGCUGAAGAAUCGGAACAUCUGAAGACUGAAGAGUUCAUCAGGCAGGAGCAGAAGAAUGGAGAACCAUGAGAUGAAGAUUGAGGUGGAGGAGGAGAACCAUGAGAUGAAGAUGGAGAAGUGUGAGAUGAAGAUUGAGGUGGAGGAUAAUAACUGUGAGAUGAAGAUUGAGGUAAAGGAGGAGAACUACGAAAUAAAGGUUGAGGUGAAGCAGCAGGAGAAUAUGGAGGUAAAAGUUGAGGAACACCAAGAGGAACACCAGGACCCAGAAGCGGACCUCCACACUCUGACCACCACAGACCAGACCGACCCAGCCGCCUCCUCUGGUCCCAGUGACCUACAGGAACAUGAAGAUCAUCAGACUGGUGGAGCCCUCACCGCACCAUCUAAAGGAACGGCGCAUGGUCAGACUGGAGCAAAAAAGUACAGCUGUGUCCAGUGUUUAGAAACUUUUGAAACUAAAUCUAAUUUAAUGUUGCAUCAAAGGAUCCACACUGGAGAGAGCGUGGAUCCAUGUGGAUAUAGCUGUGACCAUUGUGGAGCGACUUUUAACCGUAAAUCUAGUUUGCACAGACAUAAACAAAUUCACACUAAAGAGAGACCAUACAGCUGUGACCAGUGUGCUGUAACUUUUAGAGCCAGAUCUGAUUUGAGGAUACAUCAACGGAUCCAUACUGGAGAGAGACCAUACAGCUGUGACCAGUGUGAAGCAACCUUCAGAACCUUAGCUGAUUUUAAGAAGCAUCAAUGGAAUCACACUGGAAAGAGACCAUACAGCUGUGGCGAGUGUGCUGCAACCUUUGUCAGAAGAAAUACCUUAAUAGUGCAUCAAAGAAUCCACACUGGAGAGAGACCAUACAGCUGUGACCAGUGUGGAGCUACUUUUAGAGCCAGGUCUGAUUUUAAAAUACAUCAACGGAUCCACUCUGGAGAGAAGCCAUACAAAUGUGACCAGUGUGGAGCAGCCUUUCAAAUUAAGUGCAAUUUAACAGCGCACCAAAGGAUCCACACUGGAGAGAGACCAUACAACUGUGAUCAGUGUGGAUCAGCUUUUAAAACUAAAUCUACUUUACUAAACCAUAAACGGAUCCACACUGGGGAGAGACCAUUUAUCUGUGACCAGUGUGGUGCAACUUUUGACACUAAUUCCAACUUAAAGGUGCAUCAACGGAUCCACACCGGAGAGAGACCAUACAGCUGUGACCAGUGUGGAGCAGCCUUUCAAACUAAAUCUAAUUUGAAUGUGCAUAAACGGACCCACACUGAUGAAAGACCAUACAGCUGUGAUCAGUGUAAAGCAAGUUUUAAAGCGAAUUGUGAUUUUAAGAAACAUCGCAGAAUCCACACUGGAGAGAAACCAUAUAGUUGUGACCAGUGUGAAGCAACUUUUAGAACAAUAUCUGAUUUUAAGAAACAUCACUGGAGCCACACCGGCGAGAGACCAUAUAGGUGUGACCAGUGUGAAGCAACUUUUACAGCCAGAUUUUAUGUUAAGAGACAUCAAAGGAUUCAUUCUGGAGAGAGACCAUAUAGUUGUGACCAGUGUGAAGCUACUUUUAACCAUAAAUCUAGUUUACACAGACAUAAACAGAUCCACACUAAGGAAAAACCAUACAGUUGUGACCAGUGUGAAGCAACGUUUAGAGCCAGAUCUGAUUUUAAGAUACAUCAACGGAUCCAUACUGGAGAGAAACCAUAUAGCUGCGGCCAGUGUGAAGCAACUUUUAGAACCUUAGCUAUGCUUAAGUUACAUCAAUGGAUUCACACUGGAAAGAAACCAUACAGCUGUGACCAGUGUCCUGCAUCUUUUCUAAGAAAAAACACCCUAGUGGUGCAUCAAAGGAUUCACACUGGGGAGAGACCAUACUGCUGUGAUCAGUGUGCUGCAGCGUUUGACACAAAAUCUAAUUUAAAGGUGCAUCAGCGGAUCCACACUGGAGAGAGACCAUACAGGUGUGACCAGUGUGGAGCAGCCUUUCACAAUACUUCUAAUUUGAAGGUUCAUCAACAAACCCACAAUGCAGAGAGAUCACACAGCUGUGACCAGUGUGGAGCAGCUUUUAAAAUGAGAUCUAGUUUACAGAGACAUCGGCAGAUCCACACUGGGGAGAGUCCUUAAUGCUGUGAUAAGCAUACUGCAACUUUCCUAAAGAUACAUAAACAGAAUCACAUUGAAUAGGGACUAUCCAGGAAUGACAUAUAGGGUUGAGCAACAUCACCUGCAUCUGAGGAAUAUUAUGUUCUGGUCCAAACCCUGACUGAUGAUGGCUGACUCUUGCUGUAUUAUUUCUUCUUUCAAUUCAUUGUAGUGGUACCAAAAUUAAAUCUUUAUUAUCUUUCAGCAACGUUAUCCUUUGUCUGUCAUCUUUCCUUCAAAACAUGCCAAUCCAUCAUGCAGAUUGCUUUUCAUUCAUGGCAGUGCUUUCAGCUGCUCUCUUAAGUAGAAUUUCUGGCUACUCUACCCACCAUGGAUCUCUCUGCAUUGAACCAUUUGGAGGUCAAGUGGACAUUCAUUAAACAGUAGAUAUUAUCAUUGGAAGUACUUUGCAAUGUUUAUUCACCAUAAUACUGGGGCACACAACCACAUCAAUGGAUUCAGGUGUUCCAAUCACUUCUGUGGCUGCAGAUCAACAAACCUUACUGGCCUGCAAAGACUCCUGAGCUCAACCUUGUAGAGCACCUUUGGAGUGAACAAGACCGAAGGCUGCAGUUCUGAUCUAACAUCUAACAAUUUAACCGGUUACGGGUAACCAAUGGCAAUCAGGGUAUCUAAAAUCCACCAUCCAUUGUAGUAUUUGAAUGUAUGUAAUGAAUUCUGUAGCCAAUCCUCUGACCUCCUGAGUUGAAUCAUUUCUUCUUCCUCACCCUCCUGUUGUUUGUCUGGUGGUGGUUUUAUGGCUCUUUGUUGAGGCUGUUAGCUGUUAACGGCUAAAGAGGAUAGAAGCUACACCUGUGUUGCUUCUAUCGAGGCUCCACUCCUGCUUCCUCUCCUGGCUAAAAACUGCUGCCCUGGCUUUGGUCAUAAUCAUCACUAAUGUUCCAUCCCUGCCUCACACUCCUAGUUUAUCCAAAGCUUUGCUUAUUUCACAUAACCUGCUGGUGCUGACUGACGGAUAUUCCUGCCAGUCGGUGUUACCGUUCAAAGAUCUCUCCAUGCUGGAGUCAAACUGAACCAUAGAUGACCUGUUUAGUUGUCUAGGAAGUGCUGGUCUACACUUAUUUUUCUGUUGCUCACUGAUUGUUAAUCGAUGGUUUUGUAUUUAACCUUUUUAUUAUUAGCAGAUGUGUGAAUCUAGUUAAAGAGUUUGUUUUUCAAAUAGUUUGAUUGUAUCAGGAAGUUAUUUUGUUUAAUAAACUCUCACAUGAACAGAGAAA